AUGUGUGCCAACGGCAUCAUCGUGGAGAUGAAUGGCCCUUACCCGGGACACCGACACGACGCCGGUAUCCUGCGGCUGAGCGGCCUUUAUGAAAGGCUUGAGGACCUCGUGCAGGGCAGCGUAUACACGAUCUACGGUGACCCUGCCUAUCCUUUGCGGCCUUUGUUGCAGAAACCAUUCAUGGGUGCUAGCUUGACUGCCGCAGAGCAGAACUUUAACAAAAAAAUGAGCAGCGUGAGGCAAGCAGUAGAAUGGGGCUUUGGGAAAGUGUCAACUCUCUUCGCUUUUGUAGAUUUCAAAAAAAAUCAGAAGCACAGGCUGCAGCGCGUGAGCGAUAUGUAUCAGGCUACAACACUGUUAACAAACUGCCACACGUGCCUGUAUGGCAGCCAAACCUCCACGUACUUUCAGCUGUCUCCGCCGACGCUGGAUGAAUAUCUUUCACCUCGUUAUUGA